AGACGAAGCCCUACCGUUACGGUUUAUGCUUUAUCCACAUAAGAGAGAGUCUGCAGGCGGCAGCGGCACCAGAAGCAGCUGAACCAAAUUAUAUAUACGAGGAAGAAAGAAAGAAAAAUCACCCUACAAUGGAGCAAGGAAAGCAGGGUGUGUUGGUGGCGAAGCUGAUUCCCCAGCAGAACCCAAUAGAGCAGAUACAGGCGCGCUUCAAGGAGCUGGAGACUGGCUUCAAGGCUUGGUUGGCGAAGCAGUCUCUGCCGGUGGAGGUGGCUAUGGUAACCCUCACCAGCUCCGCUCAGGGCGCUGCCAUAGGUGCUCUCAUGGGCACUCUCACCAACGACAAGUCUUCCCCUCUCCCAACUCCUCCCCCCCAGGCCAAUCCCCAAGCCAUGGCUUCUUUCCAACAAGCCCAGGCUCUAGCUGGGGGUCCGUUGGCACAAGCUCGCAACUUUGCUGUGAUAACAGGUGUCAAUGCCGGCAUAUCCUGUCUCAUGAAACGACUGCGAGGAAAGGAGGAUGUCCAGUCUAGCAUGGUGGCAGCGUUUGGUUCUGGAGCCAUGUUUUCAUUAGUGAGUGGUAUGGGUGCCCCAAAUCAGCCAGCAAAUGCAAUUACUUCUGGCCUCUUUUUUGCUCUUGUUCAAGGAGGGCUUUUCAAGAUAGGGGAAAAGUUCUCUAAACCACCAGCUGAAGAUGUUUUCUAUGAUAAAACAAGAUCCAUGUUGUAUAAGCUUGGCCUCCAGGAUUACGAGAAGAAUUUCAGAAAAGGCUUGUUGACAGAUAGCACAUUGCCUCUGCUCACUGACAGUGCGCUCAGAGACGUGAGAAUCCCUCCUGGACCAAGGCUUCUUAUUCUCGAUCACAUUCAGAGGGACCCGGAGAUCAAAGAUAGACAAGGAAAUGUUCGUUGACGUCUGUUGUCAAUCUAGUUUGCUGCCAACUAUUGUUUAACAUUUAUGCAUUGCUAAAGAUAGGAAGGAGUCUUAUCGUUAUGUGAGAGAAGAUGACAAUUUUUGUGGUCUAACAUAUUAAAUUUGCUUUGAGUAGUUUUUUAUGCUUUGAAUUGAAUAAAAAAAUUACUGUUUAUUAGCUUGAA